UCAGGAACAUACAAACCUAACAAUAAAGGGUUACACGAGGGGCACAGCUCUAAGGACACGCCACUUCCGCUUGUGUUCCGUACAACUCAUUCCGCUUCCGGUUCCAGAGACUGUUCGCUUGCAUGUGCCGAGUGUCCAAGGUGGCUCUUGUGACAUUAAAGAUUUGUAAAAAAUAAUGGCGGACAAAAAACGUUUGGCAUUUUCCAUCAUCGAGUAUUUACAAGACCAGUUGCAAAAUGGAGAACUUACCUCUGAUGCCCAAGAAAGUCUUGAAGUUGCAGUCCAGUGUCUGGAAACAGCAUUUGAAGUUUCAAUAGAGGAUCGCAGCUUGGCCGUAUGUCAGACGCUCCCAGAGAUUUUUGCAUCAGCUACAGAAAAGGAAGUUCCAAAUAUAACUUCAAAUCAAAAUUCUCCAUCAGAAGAGGAUAUAACAGAAGCCGAAAGACUAAAAACUGAAGGUAACGAACAAAUGAAGUUGGAAAACUUUGAAAGUGCGGUCUCCUUCUACACCAAAGCAAUUGAGCAUAACCCAGCUAAUGCAGUCUAUUACUGCAAUAGGGCUGCAGCUUACAGUAAAAUAGGAAACUAUGCUGGGGCUGUGCGGGACUGUGAAGAGGCUAUAUCCAUUGACCCCAGUUACAGCAAAGCAUAUGGCAGAAUGGGGUUGGCACUUUCAAGUUUGAACAAGCACGCUGAAGCUGUGAGCUUUUACCAAAGAGCACUGGAGCUGGAUCCUGAUAACGAUACCUAUAAAUCGAACCUUAAGAUUGCUGAACAGAAAAUGAAGGAGCUUCCAAGUCCAAUGGCUGCUCCUGGUGGGUUUGAUCUAGCUGGGCUACUCAACAAUCCCAGUUUUAUGAGUAUGGCAUCAAACCUCAUGAAUAACCCACAAGUACAACAGUUAAUGUCUGGAAUGAUUUCUAGCCCUGGCAACCCUAUGGCAAGUGCAGCUGCAACUGGAAACCCUCCUCCAACAGAUCUAGCAAGUCUUAUACAAGCAGGACAGCAGUUCGCUCAACAAAUGCAACAACAAAACCCAGAAUUGAUAGAACAGUUACGGAGUCAGAUAAGAAGCCGAACUCCAAGUACAAGCAAUGAAGAGCAACAUCAAUGAGCUGCGCGUGAAUAUCAGAGGGAGAUUGUAAUUUUUUUUUUCAGGGAAGUUGGGGCAGAAAGUACCGAGUGACACACCACAGCCCGUCUUCCUCUUAGAUAUGUGUGGGACAGUGGGCUACUGACACACUUUUAUGGGAAAAAAAUGGUUUUUUAAACAUUACCUCAUGUUUUACUCUCCAUAACCACAUUUAGAAGGAUCCAUUACGUGUCAAUUACCACAAGGGUAGCCCAAAGGACUGACCAGUAUGGGCAUUUUGGUUUUUCUGCUGUUGCUGAAGAAUAUACAUAUAGUAUAUUGGUGUUUCCCUUUUCUCCCCUGACCUUUCUUUGUGUAUAAUUUAUACAGGUGGCCAUCCCUUGGGUUAGCACCAUUUACUCAUCUGUGUUUAUGUACUCUCAGAAAUUUCAGAUUCUGUUUCACAGCAUCUCACUAGUUGGUACGUUGAAGUAGCCUUUUAUUAUUCCAUGCAUACUUAUUGAUUCUGUGACUAAAAUUUAAUGGUGUCGUCAUGUGGGAUUUUGCAAUUACUUCAAGCAUCUGCAAGAGCACCCCAAGAAGCUUCAAAACUUUGUGGAGAUGCAGAUGGUGGUUAAAAAAUAUAUGGAUCAGCUCUUGGCAUUUCUAGAAAGUGUUUGGGGAUUUUUACUGAAUCCUGAGUUUAGGAGUUCCAGCGGUGCUUAUGAAGAUGUUGGAAAGUAUGUGCAUUUAAAUUGUGGAAUCGUUCAAGAAUACUAUUUCAGGUGAACUUUAAGAUUCUUGAUAUGGACAAUACAUAAUUAUGGUUUUAUAGAGAUCACGAACAAUGUUAACCUGGGCCAAUUCAAAUGAGUCUGCUCCCUUCAAACACUACUCGGGAAAUAAGAUUGUAAGCUGCAAGGGCAACUGACAACUGUCAUAUCCAUGCCCACAGUGUUGUUAUAAAAUAUGGCUGACUGCAA